CCCGGCACAGGGGAGGAACGGGCGGCCCCCACCGCUCAGAAGAGCAGCUGCCACCAGUGUCCGGGGCAUGAGGAAGACUGCUUCUCCAGGCCACCCUGAGGAGGAGGCUGCUCCCUGCGGAAACACAGGCCAUGUGGGGCCCCCGGGGGCUGCUCCCGCUCUGGUUCCUGGUGCUGGCGGCGGGCGACGCCGAGCGUGCCUACCGGCCUGGCCGCAGGGUGUGUGUCAUCGGGCCUCCCAGGGGCCCCGUGUCCGAGUCCUUUGUGCAGCGUGUGUACCAGCCCUUCCUCACCACCUGCGAUGGGUACCGAGCCUGCAGCACCUACCGGACCCUGUACAAGACUGCCUACCGCCGCAGCCCUGGGCCGGCCCCCUCCCGGCCCCGCUACGCCUGCUGCCCCGGCUGGAAGAGGGCCAGCGGGCUGCCCGGGUCCUGUGGAGCAGCAAUAUGCCAGCCACCAUGCCAGAACGGAGGGAGCUGUGUCCAGCCGGGCCGCUGUCACUGCCCUGCGGGAUGGCGGGGCGACACCUGCCAGACAGACGCGGAUGAGUGCAGGGCCAGAGGGGGCGGCUGUCCCCAGCGCUGUGUCAACACCGCGGGCAGUUACUGGUGUCAGUGCCGGCAGGGGCACACCCGGCCCCGACAGCGAGAGCGCGGCACGGACCUCCGCCCGGACCAACCUCAGCCCGGAGCCCCUCGACCUGACGGGGACCCCAGCGCCGAGGGGCGGGCGGGCGGCACCUGGCUCUCCCCAGGAGUGGACAGCGAGGUGAAGGAGGAAGUGCAGAGGCUUCGGUCAAGGGUGGACGUGCUGGAGCAGAAGCUGCAGCUCGUGCUGACCCCGCUUCACAGCCUGGCCUCGCGGGCCCUGGAGCACGGGCUCCCGGACCCGGGCAGCCUCCUGGCCCACUCCCUCCAGCAGCUGGACCGCAUUGACUCUCUGAGCGAGCAGAUCUCCUUCCUGGAGGAGCAGCUGGGUUCCUGUUCUUGCAAGAAGGAGGUGUGACAGUCCAACCCAGCCCCCCCCCCUCUGGCUACCAAGAGCCCGAGGACACCGGCCCCACCCCGCCCCGCCCCGCCCUGGGCCCUGCCCCGCCACCUCUCCGACCAGGAAGGGCCCCCCCUGCCCCGCGUGGGGAGGGGGGAGCGCGGGCCCUCCUGUGCGAAUCCAGCCCCAGCCCAGCCAGCACUCUGGCCUGUGAGCAGAGCCCGGCCAGACCCCUGCGGCCCCCGGCCGGCUCUUGGGGCCUGGCGGGCCCACGGCUGAGCUAGGUAUGAGGGCUUCCUGCCCAGGGCCCGGCGUCUGUGCUGCUCACCAGGCAGCCCCGAUCAUUGUCAGAAUAAAGUGGG